UCCCACCCGUGUCUAUGCUUUCGUUUUCACCGAACCCCCUCUCGCCCCUCAACUUAGUGCAUCCUGUUGUCUCUCUCUCCCCACCACCAUUUCCUCCUCCUCCUACAUUUCGCUAACGUGCGCCAAUUUUAGCAGAAUAAAAAGGGGGGAGGCACGGUCUAAAGAGGACCGGACCACCCCUCCUCCUCUCCCUAAAGUAUCAAAGGCUCAAAGCCAGCUUAACUUAAAAUAAGUGAAAAAAAGGGGAAGAAUAUAGAGAAAUUUUCAGACACGCCUUAUCACUGCUGUCGCUCUGGGUGUCCUGCUAACGUGCGCUGUAACCCCACAGUGGUGGGUGGGAAAGAGAGAACAGAGGCCUGAGACUCUUUUAUUUCGUCAUCUGUGUGUUUCUGCUUAGCUAUCGUUCACUGUGUUAGGGCUGGAGGUGAAAAAUGGGUGUUUGGGGUGUGGUGCUAGUGUGCUUGCUAAUAUGCGCCAGAGUGCCGUCGUCGUGGUCAGAUCCGGACGACGAAGCGUGCCUGACGCACCUCAGUGAAUCCCUCGAAGACCCGACCAAGUCGCUCCAAAACUGGACCAAAUCGACCUUCGCCAACGCCUGCAGUGGCUUCACCUCAUACCUACAGGGCGCCACCUGCAACAAUGGGCGAAUCUAUAAGCUCUCGCUCACCAACCUCUCUCUCAGAGGCUCCAUCUCUCCCUACCUUUCCAACUGCACCAAUCUCCAAUCCUUAGACCUCUCCUCCAACUCUCUCACUGGACCCAUCCCCUCCGACCUCCAAUCCCUGGUCAACCUCGCUGUCCUCAACCUCUCAUCCAACCACCUCGAUGGAGAGAUCCCUCCUCAGCUCGCCUUUUGCGCCUACCUCAACGUCAUCGAUCUCCACGAUAAUUCCCUCUCUGGCCCCAUUCCCCAGCAAUUUGGGCUUCUCGUGCGCCUCUCUGCUUUCGACGUUUCCAAUAAUCGGCUUUCCGGUCCGAUACCGCCCAAUCUGGGCAACCGAAGUGGUAAUUUUCCGAGAUUCAAUGCAAGUUCCUUCGAAGGGAAUAAGGAUCUCUAUGGCUACCCUUUGGCUCCUUUGAAAAGCAGAGGGUUAUCGAUUUUGGCCAUCGUUGGGAUCGGACUCGGAAGUGGGUUUGUGAGUUUGGUGCUUAGUUUCACCGCUGUGUGUAUAUGGUUGAGAGUUACAGAAGAGAAGAUGGCUUCUGAAGAAGGGAAGAUUAGUCAACUCAUGCCUGAUUAUUGAGCUCAAAAUGCUUCAAAUUUCAGGGUAGAGGUCGGUCCAUGGAUGUAGCCAAUGACUGGAUCCACAUGGCUCCCAGCCACCUCGAAUGGCGUGGCCCAUAAUGGGUUUGAGCAUCCAAAUGAUGGGCCCUUCGAAUAAUGAGUUCUGCACAUGUUUCUUCUCGCUGACACGGUUCGUCUUUUUCUGAAUGUAAUGGGCCACGUCCCUCCAAAUGGGCUGAAGCUUAUCCAACUGGACCUGACCCGCAAAAACUGACCACGUCUUUCCGAUUCUAAAAUGUGCAUUUUGCCAUUAUUUUCAUUUCCAAAAAAUAAAGAACCUCUUAUUAUUUAAAUAUGAUUUUAAAUUUUGAUUCAAAA